UUUGAGCAGCGGAAUUUGGGAAACUCAGAGCCAAAUCCUCUUUUGCUAACAGCAGAGGAAGGACCUGGCUCCCAAAGAGGCUGUUUCAUGAAUACGGACGUGAGAGGCGGCUUCAGAUCCAUUUCAUGGUCUUGGUGGUGGUGCAACUGGUCACUCGGCUCCAAGGAAGAAUGCAAAGGGUAGGAGGUGCCAAUGGGGGAGAGGAAUGGCGACUCGCUUCAGAGAAUUUUUCUAACAGCCAACAAGUGCUAUAUUAAGGAUUUUUCUCCUCCGCAGAUCCUUCCGAUGUUUAAGUGCUGUGUUUUUGGGUCUGGCAUAGGAAGUGGCCCUGAGGAGCUGCAGAGCUAAACCUCCCCUCCCUGGCACGGCCUGGGAGCACCCCACAGGAUGAGGGAGAGGACAGCAGUCAGGCAAAGGUUAGGGAGGAAAGCGCAGGCAGAGACCCAGAACGGCUCCAGGAAAUGUUUGUAUUUCUCCACCGGGAGGGAGGACAAAUAAGCUUUUUUUCAUUCCUUCUGGGCAGCUUUGCUUAUUCUCCAGCUAAGAGAGAGGCUGAAAAUAAAAAUCAUUCUGGGACAGGACUCAACUACUCCUCUCCAGCAUGAAUCUCCUCGGACCUGCCAGCUGCUUCCCAGAAAUGACAACUGCGUGAAAUUACCUGCGUUUCAAAGCCCUGGGGUGCUACAUGCUUCGGCUCUCAGGGAGACAGGCGGCUUGUGACCCAGGCUCCAGAGAAAGGACCCCCCCACCACCACCUCGAGCCUCCCAUUUCCUGGCCGAAGUUUCUGUUCUCCGUGGAGUGGCUGCAUCCAUGUGCACGUGUGGUACCUGAGUCCCGGGGUGAAGAAGUUGGAAACGUAGCAGCUGGAGCAUUCAGGUAAGCAUCUGUGUUUUGGGGGGAGCUCCACAGCCCAACACACAGAACACUGGUCCUCUGUCCACCAUGGAAAACGGGUCGUGCUGCCUCAUCCAGGGGGACCCCAUCUCCCAGGUGAUGCCGCCACUGCUCAUCCUGGCCUUCGUGCUGGGCGCCCUGGGCAACGGCAUCGCCCUGUGUGGUUUCUGCUUUCACAUGAAGACCUGGAAGCCGAGUACCAUUUACCUUUUCAACUUGGCCGUGGCCGACUUCCUUCUCAUGAUCUGCCUGCCCUUUCGGACAGACUACUACCGCAGACACAGGCAAUGGGCUUUCGAGGACAUCCCUUGUCGGGUGGCACUCUUCAUGCUGGCCAUGAACAGGGCUGGGAGUAUCGUCUUCCUCACGGUGGUGGCCGUGGACAGGUAUUUCAAAGUGGUCCACCCCCACCAUAUGGUGAAUGCCAUCUCCAACCGGACUGCGGUUGGCAUCGUCUGUGCCCUUUGGACCAUGGUCAUCCUGGGGACUCUGUAUCUUUUGAUGGAGAACCAUCUGUGUGUGCAAGAGAAGACCGUAACUUGUGAGAGCUUCAUCAUGGAGUCGGCCAACGGCUGGCACGACGUCAUGUUCCAGCUGGAGUUCUUCCUGCCCCUCAGCAUCAUCUUGUUCUGCUCCUUCAAGAUCAUUUGGAGUCUGAAGCGGAGGCAGCACCUGGCCAGGCAGACUCGGAUGAAGAAGGCUACCCGGUUCAUCAUGGUGGUGGCGGUUGUGUUCAUCACCUGCUACCUGCCCAGCGUGUCGGCCAGACUAUAUUUCCUCUGGACGGUGCCUACCAGCGCCUGCGAUCCCUCUGUCCACGUAGCCCUCCACGUCACCCUCAGCUUCACCUACGUGAACAGCAUGCUGGACCCCCUGGUGUAUUAUUUUUCAAGUCCCUCGUUCCCCAAAUUCUACUCCAAGCUCAAAAUCCACAGUUUGAGACCUAAGCGUCCAGGACACUCCAAGAGGCCAGAAGAGGUGUCCAUUUCAAACCUUUGUUGCAAGAGUUGCAUCAGUGUGGCAAAUAGCUUCCAAAGCCAAUCCGAUGUGCAGUGAGAUCUCCAAAUGUGAUGGAUGGCACCAGAACAGACAGAUGGACAAAAUCAAGGAAGACCCAUGGGCGACUUAGAAAUAAUUCAUGCUGAGGGGUGGAGAGCUUUGAAAAUGCCAUUCUUUCUUAGCUGUAUCCUCCUCACUCUGUUAGGUACGAAAUUCAGAUCACUAUGUCUUUUUGGAAGGUUCCAGUUGAGAAGUGAGUCGGUUGCAUUUAUAUGAUUUGAUUCCAAUGACAGGGGCGUGUGUGUGUGUGUGUGUGUGUGUGUGUGUGUGUGUGUGUGUGUUGGGUGGUGGGUUGGGAAGAGCUUGGCUCCUGUGUAUUUUUAAAUGGCUGAGUUAAUAGGUACUAAUGUUUAAACCCAUCAUGUUCUCUCUCUGGGGGAGUUAGUGAAUUUAAUAACCUAUCCUCUGACCUUAAAUUCUUACCUGUCUUGGAAAAUAGAAACUAGUGUAAGUCAAUAUUUUUAUUUCAGGGGGAGUGAGGCUUUAGACUGGGAAGUCUCGACCCCGAUGAUUUUCAUCUUCCUGGGGCCCCUCUGUACUUUUCUGACUUCUCAGGAACCCAAGAAAAAUGACAGCCAAACAAUCUGCUCCCACCUUCUUGGAGCUCCACGUUUAUCUGCAAGUCUUUGCAUUUCAAAGAAAGUACUGAAGGAUAUGUUUAUUCCAGUGGGAAUUUUCCAGUGGGAGCUGAGUGCUUGAAAAAAUCCCAUUAGCCUUUGGGAAGUGCUGAGUCUGGCGUAACUGCUUUGGCUGCUUGUUAUGUGACUAUGAGUUUGAAUUAUUCAAUCACUCAUUUUCCACGUAUUUCCUGAAUUAAUAUUCUGUGCCAGGUACUGUGUUAAUGUCCCUUUUACCUGGACGGUCCUUAGUCAACUUGUGUGUGGCGGGGUGGGAGGCGUGUGUGUAGCAAGCAAACAGAAGUUAAUGAAGUUCACCCUUUCAAUGACUAUAGUUUCUAGACCUGUUCUCUGCAAACACCAGUGUUGUCCUCUUAUUGUAGGAUUCCAUACAAACACGAAAGGGAGGAAAGGGUAGUAUCCCUUACACACAUGAAUUUCCCAAAUAUGUCCAUGGGACCCUCAAAACUAGAUGAUUGUAUGAAUGACAUGCUGCCCCUGCCCUGGAUUAGGGGGAAAGAUUCCAAGCCAACCUUAGCUCCGUUCUCAAGCCACGAAGUGGUGAAAGUGUUCCUGGCUCCUUUAUUUACACUUUCUCAAAUUCCCAGGGGACUCUCUGCAGUUAAGGCCCUUACCAGCUUUUCAUUCUUUAGCCUUGAAAAAUCCCGCUAGGCUGUUCCUAUUAAUUCCUUUUUCAGGGGCACUGCACAGCCCAGGCAUGGGCUGUACAAAGCUCAAAUCACAGCUCAACUGCUUAUGAUGUGUGAUCUAGGGACAGAUUUUUUUUCCUUCGGCUGCACCGCGGCAUGCGGAAUCUUAGUUCUCUGACCAGAGAUCAAACCCAUGCCCCCUGCAGUGGAAGCUCGGAGACCUAACCACUGGACCACUAGGGAAUUCCCUGGGGCAAGAGUUUACCUAACCACGUUUAGUUUCAAUUUCCUCAUCUGUCAAAUAGGGGUAACAAUAACGUUGACAUCAGAAGGUCAUUGGGUGGAUUCAUUGAAUGUAGGAUCCUGAAGCACAGGGACUUUGUUUACUAUUAUAUACCCAGAGCCUAGAGGCAUGCCUGCACAUAGUAGGUGCUCAGUAAAUAUUUGAAUGAAUAAAUAAGUGCAUGUAAAACAUUAAGCGCAGUGUCUGGCAUAAUAUAGUGCAUAAUAUUAUGACGUAUUACAUUAACACACUCUACAUAUAAAGAAACUGAGGCACAGAAGCAAUUUCCCCUGGGGUUCAGAGCCCGUAAGUAGCUGCUCUGUUGUGACUACUUGAGUUCCCUGCCUCCCUAGCUUCCAGGGGAGAAGUGAAAGCAAGGAUUCUUAUCAGCAUCAAAGAACCAUAUAUCCUCUUGAUAGAAAUCUGUGAAAACCCCACACUUCUGCUUUAAAUUCUAUUCUUAGUUCAUUCUUUCCUGGGCUGCCCCCUUGUUGCUUCAUCUUAAUAAAAACGGAUUCCAAAAGAAAGUCUGCGUCCUGUGUGUGAUCCUAUGUUAAAAGAUUCAUGAGUGGCUAAAGACGCAGAUGUAGAGAAUGGACUUGAGGACAUGGGGAGGAGGAAGGGUAAGCUGUGACAAAGUGAGAGAGUGGCAUGGACUUACAUAUACUACCAAAUGUAAAAUAGAUAGCUAGUGGGAAGCAGCCACAUAGCAC